GCGGUGCAGUUUGCAUAGGAACUACUCCAGUGAGCGUUUGCCGUCAAAAUCACGCCCGUUUGUUAAGCUGCAUCUGUGUGAGCGUCUUGCAUUCGUCUGAUAGAAGGAAGCAGUGUUCUGACAUGGUAAAGUUUGCGACCUAAGUAUUGUAGCAGCGCGGCUUGAAGAAAGAAAUGCAUGUCUAUUUUAGCUGGCCUUUAUUUCUGGGACUUGUCUGAAGCAAUGCUUAAAAGUAGUACCAGAGGGCUUCAAACAAGGUCGUCAUCUGCUGUCACGAUUCGACGCAUCAAUUGACAAAACUGUCAGAAGAAAGUUGACCACCAAAGUCGUUAGUUGGAAAGACGUUGUUUUCCUCGGAUGAAACGGCUUUCUUUUUUAUUAAUAAACAUGAUCUACUACGCACAGCUUUGUCUUCUCCCGAUAGUGCUUGCUUCUGUAGGAGCUGCUUCAAGAAGUUCCGGGGAUCUUCGGGAAGAGAACUCUUCUUGCUCGCAACCAGUAUACUAUACAGAGGGCGGGAACGAUACCAUUUUUGUUGGAUGUCCACGAGGCAAGUUAACUGUCUCGCCUUGGGACCCCCCGAAGAUUGAUGCCAAGUAUCUAUUUUUCAACGAGGCAAACCAGAUGAAUGCCAGCUACAUUUUGCCAUGGAAUCAUUCGUUUGAACUUGAUGAGAUGCCCCGAUGCAGGGAAAACGAGACGAUCAUAGCCAUCAUCCAUGGUUAUACGGAAACAAGCGAUGAACCAUGGAUUUCGUCACUGCGCCGUAGCUUCCUCCGCCGGUCGCUGCCCAAUCAGGUAACCGUUGUCGCGGUUGACUGGCGCUUUGCUGCACGAGGAGAUACAAGGAGCCAGCUAUUCAAUUAUGUCCAGGCCGCUAGUAACGUGGCAAUGAUGGGUAGAGUGUCUGCCGAAUUCUUCGCUCGUCUAUUAAAAAGUUGUAGUUUAAAUGAAAGGUCACUGCACUUGGUCGGUCAUUCAUUGGGUGCACAGGUUGUAGGCAAACUUGCAUCUUGGAUACACAAAGUGCACGGAAUAAUACCCGAAAAAGUCACAGCAUUGGAUCCAGCCGUUGUCCUCUUUCCAAGAACCCAUCCAAAUCGGCAGGACACGCACUUCCUCUUAGCGUUGCAUACUUCGGCACGUCCAUCAGUUCUCGCGACGGCCGCCGGAGCUGUUGGAGUUUUUGAAGCUUUCGGAGAUGUCGACCUUUAUCCUAAUGGUGGUGUAAUACUUCAACCGGCAUGUAGAGGAAACAACACCUUUUUCUGUUCACAUAGGCGAGCAUAUAUUUAUUACACUGAUAUGGUGGCUCACUGUAAUGACCAGUGUGAUUUCAGUGGAGAGUUGUGCGAAACGCCAACGCAAGCUCAACGGGGGACAUGUAAUCAGGGAAGAAUUAACGGAGUGUGUACAUUUAUUAACAGACAAGCUGACAAUCUUCUGAACGAGAACCAGCAUGCAGAUGUCCAAAGAAGCUCGAGUAUCAUUUACUUCACUACCAAUAUGGAUAACUUAAAGAUUAGAUGCAAUCGACGAUCGAACGAACAAGGGCGCGGCUAAUCUCCGUCGCAUAUUAGGAAGGAAGCACUUAAUAGGAGUCAUUAAAAUAGCUGUUGCCUGUUAAACGUCAAUGCUUUUAAAAGGGAAAUCCUCGCAAAUUCAUAUGAUUCGUUCAUUACCGAAAUGCUACUUAACAAACUACGUAGCUCCAUUUGUUUAAAUUUCUUCUCUCAUUUUUGAACAUUUCGUCAUGUUUUUAUGCCAUCAAUUAUUUUCGUCGUAGGAUACGAUUAGAUAAUCGUUUAACUUUUUUUUUUUUUAUUUAAAACAGACAUUUAAUCAAUAAGCUUAGUGGUAUUGCAUGCAGGCAAAACUAUCACGUCUACAAAUAUUUCUUUUUGGUACAAAUCUUUGUGGUUUGCGACAAUAAUGAGUAAUACCGCUAAUUAAAAGAAGAACACAAAACAGAGAACUUUAAAGUUUAAAAAAUAAAAUUUAAGGAAAAUGA